UCCUCUCAUACGGAGUUGGGACACCCUGGUAGGCUUCAAGCUGACCCUGUCCGUGACUCAGGGCCGCCUGUCCUUCUUCGACUACGACAAGGACUUUGUGAGUCUGGGUCAGUCGGAGAUCCACGGCACACUGAUCAUCGCUGAGGCUGAACCAGCCACAGAGCAGGGCUACGUCGCACGCGACCGGGACUUGUACGACGGCCUGGGGGUGUUGCAGGGCAGAAAGAAACUGUCUAUACUCAAG